CUCUCGGGAGCGGCGAUGGCCGGCUGCCGCCGGCGGGCGUGGGGAGGGCGCAGCAGGCGUGGCGGGGAGGGGAGGCCGGCGUCUACCUAGCGAGCACCCCGACGUUUCGGCGACAGCCGCGGUGACCCAGCGACGCGAGCGGACGAACAUGGCAGCAGUGGUGGUGGCGCACGUCCCCGUCUUCCCGGCACCGGGGUGGUGUCGGCACAGCCCCGUCAUCUCGGAGGUGCCGCCGGCGACGCCGUGCGCGGCGACCAUAGUGUCGGUGGCGCCGUGCCUGGCGCACGUCGCGGUGGUGGCGCCGCCCGCGCGGCCCGCGCCCGUGCCCUCGGAGGCCCGCUGCGCGGCCUUCCUCCGCGGCGUCUCCCCCAGUGGCGACGGCGGGGAGGGGUGCUUCUGCCACCUGCUCCGCGACUCGCUCCUCCUCGGCUUCCCCGUCAACACCGCUAGGCUCGGCGCGCUCCUUCCCACCUGUGCUGCCGCCAACGCCAACGCCUCCGCGGCCGCCAUCGUUGAGGCCUCCACGCUCUUCGUCGACACCUGCCGAGGUCAUUACCGAGGUGGCGGCGCGAGUGGACUGGGGCAGGAGGGAGGGGAGGAGCAGGUCGGAGAGUGGCGGGGGCCGGCGCCGGCGCCGGAGCCGGACCCAAUGCGGAGGCGCGACGAUGUCGCCGCUGCCGAUGUCGCUCCUCCUCAGUUAGCUUCGAUGCCAACGGGAUGAGAUCGAUUCCAUCCGGUAAAAACCUAU